AUGAACUUAAUGGCGGGGACCAAACACAACCACAUAUGCCGGAUCUGGAAGCGGUGGUGCGCACCACCAAAGGCAGGGCAGGGCGGCAACUUUCCUGAGGAUGUCUUCAGUGGCUGCGUGAAGGCUAUCGCUCACCUACGCGAGCGCGGCGCGGUGAAGACAGCAAAGCAUGUGAGGGCCAAAUACCGAGAAGUAUCUCGAGUCAACUGCUACGUGAUACAUAUGAUCAAGAAGAGGUCCAGGUGGACGUACUCAGUUCAGAAUGGUGCCAACAUCGAUGACACCAACAAGACUCUUUGGAUUGAGUUCAUCGACGGGCUCGAGGCCACGUACCGAACCGCCGCCAACAAGUUCAGAAACAGGGGCUGGCCGCUGUUCAACAAGAUCAAUGAGAUCCUGCCGGAACGUGCAAAGGGAAAGCACGCGUACUACGCUGGCCGGCGCCAGACUCAGCCGCUCCCCCAAUCGGCACUACAGGGUACCGCUUGGGUAGGGCACUUAGCAUAUAAAGAUUUGUCCGAUUAG